AUGUCCAACGGAAUGCUGCACGCCACAACAUCUCCAAACCCUGUCCGUCUCCUUGAGCUAUCGAAUAAUCGAAAAGAGCCCUGCAAUCAGGCAACGUGCCCGGGCGGAUCUUUUAGUAGCGAACAACAUGCGACACCGAUGCUGCUGAGCACGAAUCGUCGUGGACAUGGCCGAAGACCCACAUGUUCGGCGCUGGCAGAAGACAAACGGCUACAUGCUGACCUAUCCGGACUUCCCUUGUUGUUGUUGAGCCUCUUUGCUUGGACUUCAUCGAGCAUAUCCUCAUCCUUUUCUAAGUCCACUCUGAAGCUGCGGUUUCGUCCAUUCGUUUUUGCAAUCGCGCACGCUGCACGCCUAAACAUGACGUCUUUCGUUCUUUUGGGCUUUGCUCUGCAGGCCGUUGCCUUUCCUUUCGCACUCGAGGAUGUUCAGAAGCGCCAGGUGCCUUCGACUGAGCUUGCGCAACAGCUGAGCAAGGCGCGAACAAACUGCGGUAACAUUCCUUGCCUCGUCUUCAACGAGCAGGAGCAGUAUGUCUCCAACCAAGGAGACCACGCUUUUGCCUCGCCAGGCCCAGACGAGAUUCGUGGUCCCUGUCCAGGUCUCAAUGCUGCCGCGAACCAUGGCUAUCUCAGUCGCACUGGUGUAACGAACCUCCUUGAGACAAUCACUGGACUUGAAGCUGCUUUCGGCAUGGGUCCAGGUCUAUCUGGAUUUUUGGCUGCCUAUGCCAUUCUCAUGAAUGGAGACCCAUUGCUUCUUACCUGGAGCAUUGGCGGUGCGCCGCCGUCGAACACCUUAACAAGUGGCUUGCUGGGCCAGGCUCAGGGUAUUUCCAACACCCACAACACCUACGAAAGUGACAUGUCCAUCGGACGCUGCGACGCAUACUUGAACAAUGGAGAUGCCCACAGCCUGGACCUUGAUCGUUUCAAGCAAGCAUUCGAAACUGGUAUGAGCGACGAUAGAUACACUCUUCACGGAUUUGCAAGCGAUUUCCUCCAGAAGGGCCGACAGUCAAUCAGCGAGAACCCGUACUUCUUCUCUGGACCUUUCGCCGGUGUCGUGGUGGCCCCUGCCGCUUACUUCUUCGUCAUUAACCUGAUGUCAAACCAUUCUGCCGAGGAGCCAAGCGGUUAUUUGAACGGCGACAUGUUCAAGGAGUUUUUUGCCGUCGAGGGCGAAUACCCCAGCUUCAAGUGGAACCCAGGCCAAGAACGCAUCCCAGAAAACUGGUACCGCCGAACGAUCACAAACAACUACGACAUCGCCAACGCUGAUUCUGAUCUUGCGGUACAAUACGCCGCCUACCCAGAAAGCUUACGCCUGGGAGGAAACACGAACGGCGUCAACACCUACACUGGCGUGUCCCUCAGCGACCUCAGCGGCGGUGUGCUCAACGCCGAAAAUCUGUUCGACGUUGACAACCCAAGGGGAGCUUGCUUCUACGCACAGCUUGCCCAGUCUUUGAUCCCAGAUGCUGCCUCAACCCUAUUGAGCGUACUUUCGCCAGUGACCAAACUUGUCAACGACAACAUCUUGUCUGUCAUCGGAGGCAUGGAUUGCCCAAUCGUGGACAAGUUCGAUCAGAGUUUGUUCAACCAGUUCCCUGGAUACAAGUACAGUCCCACGGGUCCAGCGACCAACUACUAA